CUCUUAUAAGUUGUUCUAUGAUUCUCUUCCUCUCUAUCUUUCUCCCCUCUCUCUCCAAAGAGCAGCUGAGAAGGAAAGGAAGCGAAGAGAACAAAUCCCUCGGUCGCUUUCGACGGCCUGGAUCUCCUCCACGCGGGAUCGUACGGGCGACAACGGGGCUGUCGCUUUCGUCCGCAUAGUAAAUUGCGAAGGUUGUUACAAUGGAGGUAAAUGGUCAUCACAAACCUCGAAGAGAAUAUAAUGGCCACGAGUGCAAUGGUGUAAGACCAAUCAAUAAUUUUGGUGAUGUCGAUCCAUGGACGGCAUGGGCAUACAAACCUCGAACGAUCUCACUCUUGCUAAUGGGAACAUGCCUUUUAAUUUGGUCAAGUGGUGCUCUUGAUCCGGAAAGGAGCUUCUCUGCUGAUCGUGUUACGUCGGUUAAAAGGGGUGUAUUUGCAAUGGUUGCUGUUUUUCUGGCUUACUCUUUUCUUCAGGCGCCUUCAACUGUACUCAUUAGACCACAUCCUGCCAUUUGGAGGCUGGUCCAUGGGAUGGCAGUUGUUUACCUUGUUUCCCUCACCUUUUUGCUUUUCCAGACUCGUGAUGAUGCUAGGCAAUUCAUGAAGUAUAUUCAUCCUGAUCUUGGUGUUGAAUUGCCUGAAAGAUCUUAUGGAACUGACUGUCGCAUAUACGUACCUGAUCAUCCGAAAAGCAGGUUUAACAAUGUUUAUGAGAUCAUUUUUGAUGAGUUUGUUAUUGCUCAUAUCCUUGGAUGGUGGGGUAAGGCUAUAAUGAUACGAAACCAACCACUUUUGUGGGUGUUAUCAAUUGGCUUUGAGUUAAUGGAGCUCACUUUUCGUCAUAUGCUGCCAAAUUUCAACGAGUGUUGGUGGGAUAGUAUUGUCCUAGACAUAUUGAUCUGCAAUUGGUUUGGUAUUUGGGCUGGAAUGAAGACUGUGAGAUACUUUGAUGGGAGGACAUAUGAAUGGGUUGGCUUGAGCCGCCAACCCAAUAUUAUCAGCAAGGUCAAAAGGACACUAGGCCAGUUCACACCAGCGCGGUGGGACAAAGAUGAGUGGUACCCUCUGUUGGGUCCUUGGAGAUUCAUCCAGGUGCUGAGCCUUUGUAUUGUUUUCAUGGCUGUCGAACUGAACACAUUCUUUCUCAAGUUCUGCCUUUGGAUUCCUCCACGGAAUCCCUUGAUUGUCUAUCGGCUGGUUCUUUGGUGGUUGAUUGCGAUACCAACCAUCCGUGAGUACAAUACCUACCUGCAAGACAGGAAACCUUUUAAAAAGGUGGGAUCUUUCUGUUGGCUUUCCCUGGCUAUAUGCAUUGUAGAGCUUCUAAUCUGCAUCAAAUUUGGACAUGGUCUCUUUCCAAAGUCAAUGCCGUCAUGGUUGAUCACAUGCUGGACGGCAGUGGCCUUGCUUCUCGUUAUCUUCCUUCUUGUGUGGACUUGCAAAAUUUACCGAACAAUGAUAAGGAAAAGGUUAUGAUUGUGACUGUCAUUGUUUGUUUGCCCCCAUUCUUUCCUCCAUUGAGUAUUAUCGCGUACAUAGAUAUUUCUUCAAAUUGUGUACAUGCAGCAGUAGCCAUUUGUGAUCUCAGAAGACUAUCCAUAAGAAAUUUUAUGUCUUGUCUUUCUGUUCCAUCAGCAAAAUGGGAUAACUGCCCUUGUUUUUCCAAUGAUGCACUUUUUCAA